AUGUCAGACGUGAUAUUCGACGAUAUGUUCACGGUUAAGAACAUCGAUCCGGACGGCAAGAAGUUCGAUCGUUGCUCGCGACUGUUUUGCGACUCGGAGUCGUUCAGUAUGGAGUUGAUUUUGGACGUGAAUACGCAAAUUUAUCCUGUCAAUCUCAACGACAAGUUCCGACUGAUGAUCACCACAUCUGUUCGCGACGAUGGGAUGCCCGACGAAGGAGAACACGACCCUCAGGUAAUGGAUGAGCUUGUCUACUACAUUGACUCGGCACCCAGUUUGAUAUUGAGUGCAUUCAACCUUCAUGGCUUUGGAUUGGACUCCAAUAUCUACUUGCUCAUCAAGAAAGUAGAGUUCUGA